GCCAUUGUGGCAGCGUGGUUUAUGUAUAGGUUUUUUCCCCUUUAAGUUAUUUGCCUUUUUUUUUAAAUUUAUUUAGAUAGUAUUUUGCGUUCUUAUCCCUGGAUUACCUGCUGAUUUCGAUAUAAAACAAUCAUGGGAAGAGGAAAGAAAAUGUCCAAACCGAGCGACGGACGGACCGGAGAUACCCCAGAAAGCACAAGGACCGGCGGAACAAAUGAGAACCGCCCGACAAUGAACGGGGAACUUGUGUGUUUGGGACAGUCCAAAAUUUAUACUUUUAUGAGCCCUGUGAAAUCUCAGAGUGCCCGUCCUCCUCUGCAAGAUGAAAACUCUGUCACCCACCAUGAGAGCAAAUGUUCAGGAAAAACAGCAGCUGAGAACCACAAAAAAGCAGAAGUUGAUAAAAGAAAGAAUGUUGCCCCUGAACUUUCAGUAAAAUCUGAGGAACGCAAGGCGAGCAAAUGUAUAAAUCCUGAGGUGCUUUCUGGCCCCAAACUAGAGCUGACAGAGACUCCGAAGAAUUCUGGCUUGCAAACUGCUGUUAACAAAACUGACUCUCAGAAGGUCGUCAAAUCUAAACCUCCCAGAAGGAAAGCUCAAGUAAAGAAUUCUCCAAUCAGGAAGGUCACUGAUUAUUUCCCUGUUAGACGAAGUGGCAGAAAGAGCAAAACAGAAUUAGAGAUAGAAGAGAAGAAGAGAAUAGAUGAAUUGAUUACAACUGGGAAAGAAGAAGGACUGAAGAUUGAUAUCAUUACUGGUAAAGGAAGAGGAGUGAUUGCAACAAGAAAGUUUAAUCGUGGAGAAUUUGUGGUAGAAUACCACGGGGACCUUAUAGAGAUCACAGAUGCUAAAAAGAGAGAAGCUUUGUAUGCACAGGAUUCAUCUACUGGCUGCUAUAUGUAUUACUUUCAGUAUCUGAAUAAAACCUACUGUAUUGAUGCUACAAAAGAAACCAACCGCUUAGGAAGGCUAAUAAACCAUAGCAAGGCUGGAAACUGUCACACAAAGCUCCACAAUAUCCACAACUUGCCUCACCUGAUACUGAUUGCAUCUCGGGACAUCAAUGCAGGAGAGGAAUUGCUAUAUGACUAUGGAGACAGGAGCAAGUCUUCCUUAGAAGCACAUCCAUGGCUUAAAAACUGACUUUAGAUGGACACUACAGUUCUACGGUUGCUUUGUGGGCUGCUUCUGUUUUGGUUUUAAAUCCCCCUAUUUUACAUUUAGUAUAUAAGCAAGUGAUGUGGAUUUAAAUACAAGUUGUCUUAGACUACCAAAACUUUUAUAUUCAGUUUUUGUAUAUUAUAUAUUUUUUUGCAUAGAGGUGCUUCCAAAGCAUGCAAUGAAAUGAUUAUAUGCAGUUUUUUUAGGAGUGUGUGUGAAAAACAGAUAAUGUUCCUAAUAUUUCUUAGAUUUGCUGUUGUAUUCUUACAUGAUUGACAGGUACUGAUCUGCUGGAUGAAUUCAGUAAUAUCUCUUAUAAAUGAAGGAUUAUGGUCUUAUUGCUGGGCAAGUAAAAUCAAUGAAAAUCUGUUUUUGAUGUGUAUUGAUGCUCUGGUAUGUUCUCUAUUUGGCUCAUACAAGAGUUCAGAUAUUUUAAAGCAUGUUAUAUCAUAUUUUUUAUAUAUAUAUUUUAGCUUUUAACAUGUUUCCUUUUAAUAGAAAGGAAAUAGGGCAUGCUGUGACUACAGUAUUAGUGGUGUUCUCCCUAGAGAUGCUUACUUCCCCAGUGCCCAACUGGCACCAAAAAUCCUUAGUCUACCUUUUUUUUAUUAUGGACAAUAUGUUAAAAAAAAAAAAAAAAAAAAGUAAAAUUUUGCUGAAGUUCAAAAUUGAAACUGUCUUGGAAUUUAAUAGAAUAGUAUUGGCUAAAAGGGAUAUGAAACACCAAUUUGUUUUGUGAUUAAGACAGAAGUAAAUUGGAAACCAUUUUAAAAUGGCAUGCUCUAUUAGUAAAUUUGCUUAGUUUACAUUAUAUCGGUAGGCAUCUGGAGCACUACAUAGCAGGAUGUAGUGCUCUUGCAAAACUGCUGCCAUAUAGUUAUCCAGAAAAUGAUUUGGCUCAUAAGCAAUCAUCCCUGCUUUUUAACAAGAUACCAAGACAACGAAGAGAAAUUGAAGAUAGUAUGAUUUUUUUUUAACCAACUUUCUAAAUUACUUCUAUCUGAAUCGUCAUAAGAGAAACAAUUUGGAUUUCAUAUCCCUUUAAGACAACACAAUAUUCCUCCCGCCUUAUUGGUGAAAAUGCUAUAGUACCCCUUUUUAUUUCACUAGUGUCACCAUCUCCUGUUUAUCUCAAUGGUAAAAAAAUGUGUGUGCUUCCAUUCAACUGUUUGUAUAUUUAAACAAAAACUUUUAUUAUGGUAUUCCCGUUUUAGAGGAGUAAAAAUGAAGUUUUCCUGAACUUGGUACAUAUGAUUUAGGAAGAACAAAUUCAUAUUUAGCUUCUUGGUGCACAUACAAUUAUGGUUACAGGAACUGAGGACCUGUCAUUUGUUUAAAUUAAUCUUGGGUCAUGCCCAGUGUCUAAGUAACCUCUUUGUAUAUUUACAGUUUAAUCUGCAUUGUGUUCCUUAAAGGAACAUAAUACUCAUAUGCUAAAUCACUUGAAACUGAUGCAGUAUAACUGUAAAAAGCUGACAGGAAAAUAUCACCUGAGCAUCUCUAUGUAAAAAAGGAAGAUGUUUUACCUCACAAUCUCCUCAGCUCAGCAGAGUAAGUUCUGUGUAAAAAGUUAUACUCGGCUGUUCCCAGCUGCAGGUAGCAAAAAAAUAAUAAUGAAGAAAUGAACUGCAACCAAUCAGCAUCAGCAGUGCUGAGGUCAUGAACUCUUACUGUGAUCUCAUGAGAUUUGACUUAACUCUCAUGAGAUUUCAUAGUAAGCUUCCUUUACCUGAUUGGUGAAAUAAUGAGUGCAUGAGGCUCAUCCCCCUAGAAAUCCUUUACAAUGGGAUGUGGCUACUGAGGAACUUUUGAGGUAAAAUAUCUAUCUUUUUUUACAUAGAGAUGUUCAGGUGAUAUUUUCUAGUCGGCUUUUUACAGCUAUACUGCAUCACUUUCAAGUGUUUAAACAUUUGGGUAUUAUGGUCCUUUAACAUAACUGUACUUAUAUGAUAAUUAUAGACUUUUUCUGCAGAAAUGUUGCCCCUGCUUUAUAAAGCCAUAAGAUUGUUACUGUUAUAGUCAUUGCUCUAGAAUGACCUAAUGCAGUGAGUAGAAUGUCACAUAUAAAAAAAAAAUACAUUGUUUUAUAUUAAAAGAAAAAAACUGUCAAAUAAAAAAAUAUUUAUUGUGAA